UUGCAGGCGGACUGUGUGGUCUUGGAGUUGGAAGAUGGUGUAGCUUUGACUUCUAAAGCAGUGGCACGCACACAAGCGACGAAAGCACUUGAUACAUUUGCUAAUCAACAAUUAAAUUGUUUUGAAUUGGGACUUCGUGUGAAUUCUGUGGCGAGCGGAUUGAUUGAAGAUGAUGUAAAGGAAAUAUGCAAAGCCGAGCAUUUGCCGCAAGCUUUCAUGGUACCAAAAGUGGACAGUCCUGAAGAUGUCGCGAAGAUUUACGAUGUGUUUAGAAGUAAUUACACUGCUAAAAGAGUCACAGAUACUAAUACCAGAUUAGUUAUAUGGAUAGAAUCGGCUAGAGCACUUCUCGAUAUGCCAAGGAUAUUGUCAUCUACACUUAAUCUACAUAAAAAUUCUGGAUUUUUCAAAUUAGAUGCUGUUGUAUUUGGAUCCGAUGAUUAUUGUGCUGAUAUAGCUUUCCAAUUACAGGCUAUUGAUAGUGUCUACAUUGACAUAAAAAAUACGGAAGGACUGAGGAUACAAAGCGAAGAAGGUGAGAGUCAUUUUACCAAAAUAUGA